AUGAGGAAUGGCGAGGAGGAUUCUGCCUGGGCAAGACGCCUGCGUCUGAAAGUCCGCCACACAGACGGCGACGAAGAAUGCUACUUUAUUAAGGUGUCUGUCAAUCAGGAAGGCAAAGAGGCUCUAAAGGGUGAAUUCGAAUCUACAUUGGCUAUUCACAAUAUCAACUCUAACUUUUGCCCGAAACCCAUCGGAUGGGGGACUCUUAAAACAGACUCGAACUCCCAUUUUUAUAUUUGCAACUUCUAUGAAUUCACCGGUGGUAUGCCUGAGCCUACUUCUUUCUGCACGAAGCUAGCCCAGUUGCAUCUGUCUCCCCGCCCCUUGUCGCCAAAUGGCCAGUUCGGGUUCCAUUGCAGGACGUAUAAUGGAAACCUUCCUCAGCAGAAUACCUGGUCCGACAGCUGGGAGCUCUUUUUUGCCGACGGAUUACGCGACGUCUUGAAGAUACGACUCAAGAGGGCUGGACGUAGCUUGAAACUUGAAGCCCUCGAACCCGCGCUAUUUGGCAAAGUCAUUCCCAGGCUUCUCCGACCACUUGAGAGUGGCGGACGGCAAAUACGGCCUUCGUUAGUACAUGGGGAUCUAUGGUAUGGGAACGCAGGUGUCGUCUCUGGUGAUGUAGAGAAGAGCAUCAUUUACGAUCCUUCUAGCUUUUGGGCGCACAAUGAGUAUGAAUUAGGGAACUGGAGACCUCGUCGGAAUAAGUUUACAAGUAUUUACUUUGAGGAAUAUCUUUCUCAUAUACGCCCAUCCGAACCCAAAGAGGACUUUGAGGAUCGCAACAUACUCUAUGCUGUGAAAUUUAACCUGCAAGCGGCAGCUAUAUUUCCGGAUAACGAGGAAUAUAUACAGAUGGCUAUGAAAGAUAUCGAGAUGCUCGUCACCAAGUAUCCUCAAGGGUAUCAGUAA